AUGGAGGCUGCGACUAAGUCGCUGACAUCCUCUGGGAGUUUCACAGGUGCUUGGGAGUGCCUUCGCGGUUGGUGGACACGGUCCAGCGAGGAGCGCCUCAGGGAAGCAGAGGCUGCGCUGCUCAGGAGUGCGGUGUCUCACUCAAAGCUGAAGAUCACUGAUGUCCCCAUCGGCUGUGAUGGGCACACAGUGCACACGCUCUGCGUCUCGCAGGGGGCGAGAACCGGGAGCGGGCUUGCCCCUGUAGUGCUGAUCCACGGCUACUUCAUGGGGUCAGGAUCGUGGGCUCAUAGCUUGGAUUCGUUGGCCUCCACUGGCAGAAAUGUCUAUUCCAUUGACUGGCCUGGUUGGGGCCUAUCCUCGAAGCUUGAGUUUCCCCUGGGUCAGGGCACGCACAACUGCGAGCAGUACUUCAUCGAUGGCAUCGAGCGGUGGCGCCGGUCUGUCGGCUUGGAGCGAGUGGUGCUUCUGGGGCACAGCUUCGGAGGCUACUUUGCCGCUUGCUAUGCAAUGAAGCACCCUGAGAAUGUUGAAGCUUUGAUACUGGCUAGCCCAGUUGGGAUGGGUGAGAAGCGAGAUGAUCAGGGACUGCUUCACCCGGACAGGCUGAACUCUUUGCCUUGGUGGCAGAGGACCCUCAUUACCAGGGCCCGUGACAUGUGGGCUGGAGGCUGGACUCCUAUGGAUGUUGUGCGCCUCUUGAUCUGA